UUUUUAGCUAUCUGUCACUAUCUGAUAGCGAAACCCCUCAAGUGGGUGGACACAAAAAGCACCAUUAUUGUUUCACGGGGACUGACACGAGCGGUUAAGUAGAGCGGUCAUACAAAACCACGUUUUCAAUGCAGAUGAUUUUUCCAAGCUCAAAAGGCAUUUAAGCUUGCUUUCAGCGACCAUUCUGUCUUUCACUCACUCCCUCUUUCCAUCAUGGAGAGCAUCACCUUCCAGCUCUUGCGGGACUACAGUGCAGUUGGUUUUGGAGCUAACAGGGCAUUCUCUUACCGUUUUACAAGAAAGAGCAAUCAAACACGAGUUUCCUUCCCCAAACUUAUCAGAACAUCAUCUGGCUUUAAAAGUUGUUCAGCCACUCUGUCAUUGAUGGUGGAGGUGGAAGAGAAACCAAAGUUUGACGCAGACAAAGCGGCUCUACUAGUUAAGGAGGUCAGGAAGAGCUUUAACUCCGGCAAGACAAGGAGCUACGAAUGGAGAGUGUCCCAGUUGAAGAGCAUUGAGAAGAUGAUAGAAGAAAAGGAGAUGGAGAUUACCGAAGCUCUUCAUAAGGACCUCUCAAAGCCCGCUUUCGAGGCCUUUAUUUCCGAGAUUUCACAGGUAAAAUCCUCGUGUAAGUUAGCACUAAAAGAAUUGAGCAGUUGGAUGAUUCCAGAAAAGGUCAAAACUUCACUUACCACAUAUCCUUCAUCAGCAGAAAUCGUGUCAGAACCUUUAGGAGUUGUGUUGGUCAUCUCGACAUGGAACUUUCCUUUCUUGUUAUCUCUUGAUCCGGUCAUUGGAGCUAUUUCAGCUGGCAAUGCUGUGGUCUUAAAACCGUCAGAAAUUGCUCCUGCCACAUCAUUGCUGCUCUCAAAUUUAGUACAGGAAUAUCUAGACAAUUCUGCCAUAAGAGUUGUUGAAGGGGCUGUUGAUGAAACUACUGCACUACUUGCGCAGAAGUGGGAUAAGAUACUUUAUACAGGUAGUGCAAGGGUUGCUCGCAUCGUGAUGGCUGCUGCUGCAAAGCAUCUUACACCCGUAAUCCUGGAACUUGGAGGAAAGUGCCCUGCUGUUGUUGAUUCAAACAUUGACUUACAAGUUGCUGUUAGGAGGAUAAUUGCUGGCAAGUGGGCAUGCAAUAACGGGCAAGCUUGUAUCGGUGUUGAUUAUAUUAUAACAACAAGUGCCUUUGCUCCAACGUUGAUACAUUCUUUAAGGCAUGAACUGGAGCAAUUUUUUGGGAAAGAUCCAAUGAAAUCAAAAGACAUUUCCCGCAUUGUGAGCUCAUCCCACUUUGCUCGUCUGGUAAAGCUGUUGGAUGAGGAAAAUGUAUCUGAUAAAGUUGUGUUUGGAGGUCAAAGGGAUGCGAAUCAAUUAAAGAUAGCUCCAACCAUCUUGUUGGAUGUCCCAGAGGACUCCCAGAUAAUGCAGGAGGAGAUAUUUGGGCCUUUAAUGCCCAUCCACACUGUUGAGAAGUUGGAAGACAGCUUUGAGGUGAUAAACUCGAAACAAAAGCCUCUUGCUGCAUAUCUCUUCACUAAUGAUGAGCAGCUGAAGAAGGAUUUUGUGCAAAAUAUAUCUUCAGGAGGAAUGCUCAUCAAUGAUGCCGUUAUACAUGUUGCUACGGAGGGUUUACCUUUCGGUGGAGUUGGGGAGAGUGGAAUGGGCUCAUACCAUGGGAAAUUCUCUUUUGAUGCUUUUAGCCAUAAGAAGGCAGUUCUAUACAGAAGUUUUGCUGGAGAUACAUCCAUAAGGUACCCACCAUACUCACCCGAAAAGCAAAGACUACUGAAGGCCCUGAUCAGUGGUAACAUAAUUUCCAUAAUACUUGCUUUGAUUGGAUGGUCAAGAGAUUGAAAAGAUAGACGCUGACAAAUCACAACGAAGAUCUGUUUUUCUCCAGUUGUUCUCUCAUGCAUGUCUGUUUCAUAUAAUCAAUGUCCAGAUAUGUUCUGCCAUAAUGCCUGCCAAUGCACUAAUGAGUCUGGAGUUUUUAGUUUCAA